AUGCCUAGAGCUCACGACCAUUUCCACGGUCGGCAUUACCACGCUGAGCGCACAACUGGCCCUGUCAAGGCGCUCAAUCCAACGAAGCGAUAUCUAGUUGCCGACAAGAAGACACUCAAUGCUGAGUCUGAAGCCGGAAAUGCUGGGAAAGAAUCGCGACAGGGUGAUAAGAGCCCUGGAGUUGCUUAUGUGUGGAGGAGUCGCGAUAACAGAAAGGGACGGCAUGCACUAGCCAUUGGUGUUGAUCCUCACAAGCAUGAAGCGACGAAAGGACCGAGGCCAUCGAAUACGUAUCACCAGACUUUACGCGGCAUCUUGAAGAUGUUUGUCAGAUGCCCAGUCUGGGAUGUAUCGUACGAUGUCGCCGUCGUCUUCACAAUAGGUUCGAUCAUCUGGGUAAUCAAUGGCUUUUACUCAUGGCUCCCCGUUCUCAACCCCUCAACCAAGGUGUCUGACUGGGCCGGCGGAUUGACAGCUUUCAUCGGCGCCACGGUCUUUGAGUUUGGGUCAUUUCUGCUCAUGCUUGAAGCCGUCAAUGAGAAUCGAUCGGACUGCUUUGGUUGGGCCGUUGAGGAAAGCGUGGACGGGAUGCUUCAUCUCACUCACGCGCACAACUGCAAGCAUGCACACGCGCAAAAGGGGACUUUUGUGAAGCAAAGCUCUAAAUACCUGGGCAAUGACACAGCGGAGUCAUCGGGAAAUGAUCGGAUGUGGUCUUGGUGGCCGACGUGGUAUGAACUCAGAACACAUUAUUUCUUCGACAUCGGCUUCCUGGCCUGUUCUUCACAAACAUUCGGCGCCACGGUAUUCUGGAUAUCAGGCUUUACAGCCUUGCCACCUAUACUCAACAACCUCUCUACACCAGCGGAGAACGGCGUCUACUGGCUCCCUCAAGUGAUUGGCGGUACAGGCUUCAUCGUUUCAAGCAUCCUCUUCAUGGUUGAAGUUCAGCCUCGAUGGUACAUUCCAGCGCCGGGGGUGCUGGGAUGGCAUAUUGGACUGUGGAACUUGAUUGGCGCUAUUGGCUUUACUCUCUGCGGUGCGCUGGGCUUUGGCAUCACGCAUCCAGGCGUUGAGUAUGCACUGACACUUUCGACAUUUAUAGGUUCAUGGGCAUUCUUGAUAGGUAGUGUGAUUCAGUGGUAUGAGAGUCUUGAUAAGUAUCCUAUCUGGGUGGACCAAAAGAUCGAGACACUUGGCCAACGAAAGAGCUGA